AUGGGAUAUAUCCGGAGGCUCAAGAGGGAGUUGUGGUAUACGCGAAUGCUGGAAGGGUGCGGUCGUGUCGUGAAGUAUUCAUUAUUCGUGGCGAACCUCGUUAUCAUGUUGGGAGGUAUCGUUGUUUUCUCAGUCGGCGUCUGGACCCUCGCAGAUAGGAGCUUCAUGGAACGUCUUUUGGGCACCGAUCUGUACGUGUCUUCAGCCGCCAUUCUCAUCGCCACCGGCUGUAUUGUGACUUUCGUCUCAUUUUUAGGUUGUCUAGGAGCAUUCAAGGAAAUCAAAUGCAUGCUUCUAACAUUUUUCGUCAUUCUCUUCAUGCUAUUCAUUGUUAUGAUGAUUGGAGGAAUUCUUGGCUACGUAUUCCGAAAUGAGGUGGACGAGCGGAUGUACCAAGAGAUGCUGAUGUCGAUUCCGAUUUAUAAGAAUGACAGCGUUGUCACCAGAGCUUGGGAUGCCGUUCAGCGACACUUCAAAUGUUGUGGCAUUCCGGGCCAAAUUCCAGAGGAUAAGCCGUACAAGAUCUGGCAACUCAACAGACACUUUAAUGACCGCGACGUGCAGGUGCCUGAUUCGUGCUGCAUGCGGAAAGAGUUGCUUGGAGGCUGCAGAGCGAGCCCUUCCGAAACUGACACUUUCAUGGAUAAUUGCCACACCCGGGUACGCGACUUCGUCAAAGGGCACGCGAAAAUCGUCGGAGGGGUUGGAAUAGGCAUCGCCUGCUUAUUGGUGGUAGGCAUGGCGCUCUCUUGCGCCAUGUUCCUUAUGAUCCAGUGA